GCUCUUCGGCAUCUGCAGGAACUGCAAAGGCCACACAGCACAACCACACCCGUCAACUGGGUAACGCUGCUCAGCGACAACGACACGAACCCGCUCAUCGACAACUCAACGACCGAAUAAAAGCCGAGGAGGUACCGAAUUUUAUCUGGCUGUUCUAUGGCUGCCGAAAUGCACUGCAAGAUGCCAUAUUCGAAGAAGAACUGGAUGCGGCACUAACCAACGGUACAUUAACGCGAUUAAAUGUCUCCUACUCGCGCGACAGAUGCAAUCCAAGUGUCAAAUACGUGCAAGAUAACAUACUUGCGUAUGGCGCCGAUAUUAUGGAUCUGAUGGACCGCCACGGGGCCUACAUAUACGUCUGCGGAGAUGGCAAGCACAUGGCUGCCGCUGUGGAGGACGCCCUGCGAGCGGCUGUAUGCGACUACAGGCAAUGUGACAACGAUUCAGCACGUGAUGCCGUAUCGCAGUGGGAGCAUAAAGGCCGAUUCAAAAGGGAUGUGUGGAGCUAGCAUGCCGAGGGCACUUGUCAUCUGUGUGGUCUGCAAAGGUUGUGUUGUCCACACCUGACAUGCUCAAUAAAGUCGGUGCAGAAGCAAGUCAUACAAUGACGACCUGCUUAGCCCAACAAUGGAUAAGCAAAUCUUCAGAUACCGUAGCGUCCCUAUUGUACCACUGAGCGGAGCCUCUCCGCCAGUGGAUAGUUAUAAAAGCAUAUCCGCUUGACAACACCUGCACUGCGUGAUAGCCGCAUGUGUGCGAUCGAUUGUUUGUAUUAGAGUUCGGGAUAAGCCUACAUGUACUGCCAUGCAGCCCCGAUAGGCGGCCUUUGGAUCUGAUAUUUGUCACAUUAGUAGCAUUCCAAUAAUAAAUUGUCAGGAUAUCGG